AAACUAUUUCGCCAUCGUCGAUUUUCAUCAGCCAACUGGCGAGUCCGCGGCGGCUCGCGCUCCGCGUUCGCCCUCCAAGCGAGUUGUCUUCGGUUCGCGAGCGUCACGAGGAAGGACGAUGUGCUCCCUGCUAACCAAGGCGGCGGCGGCGGCGGCGGCGAGGCGUCAGGACCGGCUGCGAGUCGCGCUCCGCGGCCUCGGCGAGCAAAGCGGCGCCUCGAGCGUUUCGCCGGCCGGGGACGGACGCCCGCGCGCGGCCGCGGGAGCCCCGCCGCGAGGACGGAGGCGCUACUCGACCGGGACGCGGUUGAGCGACGGGCUCCUCUUCCGACAGCUGUUUGAAUCGGAGAGCAGCACCUACACGUACCUGCUCGCCGACGCCGUCUCCAAGGACGCCGUCCUCAUCGACCCCGUGCUGGAGACCGUCGACAGGGACCUGAAGCUGAUCGAGGAGCUCGGGCUGCGUCUGAAAACCGCAGUGAACACUCACUGCCACGCGGACCACGUCACCGGCACGGGCUUGAUGAAGACCAGGCUGGCCGGGCUGAAAAGCGCCAUUUCCAAGUCAAGCGGGGCCGCCGCCGACGUCCUGCUGUCCGAGGGAGACAGGAUCACCUUCGGAAAUCACUAUCUCACUGUGAGAGAAACACCGGGACACACCGACGGAUGCGUGACGCUGGUGACCCAGGACGAGGGCGUGGCCUUCACCGGCGACGCCUUGCUGAUACGAGGCUGCGGCAGGACUGAUUUCCAGCAAGGUUGUUCCAAACGGCUCUACGCUUCCAUUCAGCAGAAGAUCUUUACCCUGCCCGACCGGUGCCUCGUCUACCCGGCGCACGACUACUUAGGUCAGACGGUGUCGACCGUCGGCGAAGAGCGCGCCUUCAACCCUCGACUGACCAAGAGCCUGGAGGACUUUGUGGCCAUCAUGAACAACCUGAAUCUUCCGAAGCCUUCAAAAAUCGAUAUUUCAGUGCCCGCCAACCUGGUUUGCGGAGUUCAUCAUGUUUGAAUGGCCCUUAUCAAACACAUUGCCCCCCCCCCCACACACCUCCAUCAAGAGGUAUGCCCAAGCAGCUUAUUUGAUCGUAAAUAUGCCCUGAUUGAAAACGUGUGCUCGUUGAUGUGCACUCAAAUUACCGUCAUUUCCGCACACUGUAGAGCGCACCUGAUUAUUAGCUGCACUCACUCCAUUUUUCAAGCAAAAACCAUUUUGGACACACACAAGCCGCACCUGUC